AUGACGGCAAAGGCGUGUAUACUGGUGACGGUAAGUGACGUGUGUACUGAUGGCGGUAGUGACGUGUGUACUGAUGGCGGUAGUAACGUGUGUACUGAUGGCGGUAGUGACGUGUGUACCGAUGACAGUAGUGACGUGUGUACUGAUGACGGAAGUGACAGACGUAAUGAUUGCGGUAGUGACGUGUAUAUUGAUGACGGUAGUGACGUGUAUACUGAUGACGGUAGUGACGUGUAUACUGAUGACGGAAGUGACGUGUGUACUGAUGAUGGUAGUGAUGUGUAUACUGAUGACGGUAGUGAAGUGUAUACUAAUGACGGCACUGACGUGUAUACUAAUGACGGUAGUGACGUGUAUACUGAUGACGGAAGUGACGUGUGUACUGAUGAUGGUAGUGAUGUGUAUACUGAUGACGGUAGUGAAGUGUAUACUAAUGACGGCACUGACGUGUAUACUAAUGACGGUAGUGACGUGUGUACUGAUGGCGGAAGUGACGUGUGUACUGAUGACGGUAGUGACGUGUGUACUGAUGAUGGUAGUGACGUCUUUACUAAUGACGGCACUGACGUAUAUACUAAUGACGGUAGUGACGUGUGUACUGAUGACGGUAGUGACGUGUGUACUGAUGACGGAAGUGACGUGUGUACUGAUGACGGUAGUGACCUGUGUACUGAUGACGGUAGUGGUGUGUAUACCGAUGGCGGUAGUGACAUGUAUACUGAUGGCGGUAGUGACAUGUGUACUGAUGACGGUAGUGACGUGUAUACUGAUGACUGUAGUGACGUGUGUACUGAUGGCGGUAGUGACGUGUAUACUGAUGACUGUAGUGACGUGUAUACUGAUGACUGUAGUGACGUGUAUACUGAUGACUGUAGUGACGUGUAUACUGAUGACUGUAGUGACGUGUGUACUGAUGGCGGUAGUGACGUGUGUACUGAUGGCGGUAGUGACGUACUGAUGACGGUAGUGACGUGUAUAUUGAUGGCGGUAGAGACGUAA